GCUGGUUUGGGCGGUGCCAUCCUGCACAUCCUGUGUGUGUGCUCAGCUGCAGCAGCAGCAGAGAGAAGAGACUGGAAGAGCUGCUGCUUCAUUCAUUCAUCCUCAGCAGCAGAGCUCCAGUAGCUCACAGCUCUACACACAAGCCUAGUGCAUAUGAGCACUACACCACCAGCGUUAACUAGCUUAACCAACAACAAAAAUGGCACAUUUGAAGCAUUAAAAGUGACCAAAGAUGUGAAACCCUGCCUGCGUUGUGUGAUCCAGCAGACAAGACAAUCUUCAUCUUCAGUGGUGCUGCGGACGAGGAAACAAGGAUCAUGUGGUGGGCCUGGCCGUUCCUGCCUGCUCUGGUGCUUCUCUCAGAGCUCUCUGUGGUGAGAGUCCAGACCGCGCCAUGCCAGACUUGCCGAAAACUCACAGAGAGUUUCAUUAAGGGCUUGGAAAUAACAGCCAACAAGAACUUUGGGGGAGGAAACACUGCCUGGGAAGAAGAAAAGCUGGCUAAGUAUGCACGCAGUGAGACUCGGCUCCUGGAGAUAGUUGAGGCCGCUUGUGAGAAAGCCGAUUUUGAAUGUAACCAGCUGCUGGAGCAGAUAGAAGACCAAGUGGAGACAUGGUGGUUCCACAGGCAGCAGGAGGCACCAGACCUGUUUGAGUGGCUGUGCAUAGAGGAGCUGAGACUCUGCUGUCCACCUGGGCGCUUUGGACCUUCCUGCAAAGAGUGUCCAUCCAGCCCUGGUGGUGUGUGUGGAGGUCUGGGACGCUGCGAGGGGGAGGGGACUCGCCUUGGAGACGGAGAAUGUGUCUGUGAUCCGGGAUACUCGGGCCGUCUGUGCCAGAGCUGUGCUGAUGGCUACUACAGAGAGAAAAGCUCCAACGACAGCAUAGGAGCGUGUGCAGCUUGCUACCACUCAUGUAAGAAAUGCGCAGGGCCGCAGGACUACAAAUGCCUUGACUGCAAACCCGGCUGGAUCCUUCAUGACAACAAGUGCGUGGACAUCGACGAGUGUGGUACAGAGCUGGCUCGUUGUCCUUCUAACACCUACUGUCACAACACAGAAGGAGGAUAUGAAUGCAGAGGCUGUGACCAGGCGUGUGUGGGCUGCAUGGGUAGUGGUCCUGCCCGCUGUAAGAAAUGUGCACGUGGCUACAAAUUGAGAGGAGCAAAGUGUCUCGAUAUAGAUGAAUGUAGCGAUCGUGCAAUAGCAUGCCCAGGACUCAAUGAGGCCUGUAUCAACGAGGAGGGCUCCUUCCACUGUGACUGUGCUGAUGGAUUCAUUAGAAGAGAUAGCAUUUGUGUUGAAAAUAAGCCUCCUGCUGGCCCAGAGAAGGGCCUUUUUGACGACAUGACAGACGACGAGGUCCUCGUACUGCAGCAGAUGUUCUUUGGCGUUGUAAUCUGUGCCAUAGCUACGCUCGCUGCUAAGGGUGACAUGGUUUUCACGGCCAUUUUCAUCGGAGGCGUAGCCGCUAUGGCCGGAUACUGGCUGACAGAAAAGGGAGACUACAUGCUGGAUGGAUUUCUGAAGGGACGCUAGACUGUCCGGAGCAAGGACACUGGGAUACCAGCCGGUUAAGGUGACUAAGAUUCAACUGGGGGCAAGAAACUAUCCCUGCAAUGCUAGCCUUUCAGGGAUUUACACGGGGAGUUACUUGAAAGGGCUCGGGUUCAUUUAUGUUUAUGAAUAGGAUAAUGCAGGAAAAAAGUGAGAACUUGAAGGCUAUGAAGCCGUGAAUCUUGAAGAGGAAUAACAAAAGCAACACUGCACUGAUAUAAAGGAGCCGAACUUAAUCCCCUACCUCAACUUUGUUGGGAACGAGGGUGACACGAAGACCACUACUGAUUGUUAAAAUCUAUUAUGCAUUUGGAUGUCUCAUUUGGCCUCAAUGUUAAAAUGAUGUCGUUUUUCUUCCACACAAUCAAAACCUCCAGUCAUCACGUCCAUCAUGUUUUUUUCAUGUCAAUGCUGUGAAGCAAAGGGUUUCCCAUAGUCUGAAUGGUACGUACGGUUUGGCUGUGUCGGGUCACUGCAACACUCAAGCUUCUUGCAAUGGGCGUGUGGUUAGAUAUGGGAAUUUUUAGGAAUUUCCUCAAUCAUCCCAAAAAGAAAGCUCAUUGAAACUCUGGGAUAUUUCCAUUAUGAGCCACUUAUUUAUGUUCACUGAAUGACUUUUUACCUCCUUACUUACCGAAUGAUUCUUUUUAGUAAUAAUGCAUGAAAAUAGGAUUUGGAAUGAAAGGUACGACACCCUAUGUAUUAAUUUAUUGUCUUACUUUGGCAUGGAAGACGUUUACACUACUGCUAUUGACCAUUAAUGAGUGUGUGAGGGACUGUGCUACGGUAAAUACCAGCUCUGAUCUGGAUGGUUGAAGCCAUUUUCUGUUGCCUUUUAAUUUAUUUUGAAAGCAAUAUUUAUUGGGAAGAUGUUAAUCAUAUUUUGCUCCGGACAUUUUCAUAUUUUUGUGUGUAUUUCCAACACAGUUUUUUUUUUAGUCUGUUCAAUUGUAAUUCUAGCAGAUAUACUGUAAUAGAAUCAUGUUAGAAAGCCACUGAAGCAUCACUUCUUAUCCGACCAUCUACUUUGGUUUUCCUAGUGAGGAAAGUUUCCCACAGUCAUUAUUCGUUGUUUGCUUUACAAUAAAAAGUCUGUCACUC